CUACACUUUUAAAGUUAAAACCAUUGGUUUCAGUUUGUAUCCAUUACAUAAAAGAAAAAAGCAAUGCAUCACUAAGACAAAUCCUGGUUAGGCUGAGUGGUGGAGGCGGUGGUGCUGAUUCAGAGAGUGGGACAUUGGUAGAAGAGAGGGUAAAUAAAGAGGGAACAGAACAUUCUGAGGGUUUCAGAUUUGCACUAAGUUGAGAAAGAAGAAGAUUGAAGAAAACAGCUCAUCUUCUUUGAUUCUCUCUGUAUUUAAAAAAAAAACAUUUAAGGGUUUCUUACUUAUUUUUUUUUGUUGGAUUGCUGUUUUGUGUUUUGUCGGAUCUCUCUUGGAUUAGAGUUCUCUGCCUACAAACAGCAGCUCACACUUUUCCCCCCUGUCUUUGUGUUUUUUUCACUCCAUAAUUACAAAGAAGGCUCUUUCCACCAAAGAUCAAAGCUUAAGACAAAUUAGAAAGCACAACAAUUUUCAGAAACCUCUUUCUGGUUAAAGGAAAAAAUGAAGUUUAUGAAGCUUGGAUCCAAACCUGAUUCAUUUCAGUCUGAUGAAGAUUGCAUAAGGUAUGUAGCAUCUGACUUAGCCACAGAUGUUGUAGUAAACGUUGGAGACGUCAAGUUCUAUCUCCAUAAGUUUCCUCUUCUGUCCAAAAGCGCUCGUCUCCAGAAACUAAUAGCUACAACGAUCAACGAACAACCAGAUGAUGAUGAAAUAAGCAUUCCUGACAUCCCGGGAGGCCCUCCAGCGUUCGAAAUAUGCGCCAAGUUCUGCUACGGAAUGACCGUGACACUCAGCGCGUACAACGUCGUAUCCGCGCGUUGCGCUGCCGAGUAUCUCGAGAUGUACGAAUCCAUCGAAACGGGGAACCUUGUUUACAAGAUCGAGGUCUUCUUGAACUCGAGCGUUUUGAGAAGCUGGAAAGACUCCAUCAUAGUUCUCCAGACGACGAGAUCGUUUCACCCGUGGUCUCGAGAUGCGAAGAUAGACGUAAGGUGUUUAGAGUCCAUCGCUUCGAGAGCUGUAACCGAUCCAGCGAGAGUAGAUUGGUCUUAUACGUGUAACAGAAGAAAGGUUAACGACAGCAACAACGGCGUGCCUAGAGACUGGUGGGUGGAGGAUGUCGCCGAGCUUAGUAUUGAUUUAUACAAAAGAGUUAUUUCGAGUAUAAGAAGAAAAGGCGGUGUUUCGGUUUCGCCUGAGGUUAUAGGAGAAGCUCUCGAGGUGUAUGCGGCGAAGAGAGUCCAAAUGGAUGAUCGUGACGUGGAGACAUUUAUCUCGUUGUUGCCUGGUGAGAAACAGAGUGUUUCUUGCGGGUUCUUGAUCAAGCUGUUGAAGUCGUCUGUUUCUCUGGAGUGUGGAGAAGACGUGAGGAGAGAGCUGAGUAGGAGAAUAGGAGAGAAGCUUGAGGAAGCGAAUGUGGAUGAUCUCUUGAUCAGAGGUUCUUCAGAUGAGGGAUGUGAGACAGUCUAUGACAUUGACAUUGUUGAGAGUUUGAUCGAUGAGUUUAUUACGCGAACAGAGAAAAGAGACGAGGUUUGUUGUUCAGACAUCGAGCAAGGAAGUGUCAUUGUUUCGGACAGCUCGAGAGCAGCUGUCGCCAAGCUGGUCGAUGGAUACUUGUCUGAAAUAGCGAGAAUCGAACCGAAUCUCUCUCCUUUGAAGUUUAUUGCGAUUGCGGAAAAGGUUUCGUGUUUCCCAAGAUCAUCACACGAUGGAGUUUAUCGUGCCAUUGACAUGUUCUUGAAGGAACAUCCAGGAAUGGCAAAGAGCGACAAGAAAUCGAUAUGCAGAUUAAUGGAUUGCCGGAAACUAUCACCAGAGGCAUGUGCUCACGCCGUGCAAAACGAGCGGUUACCUUUACGUGUCGUUGUGCAGAUCCUCUUCUUCGAGCAGGUUCGCGCCACUUCAAAACCUUCUCUUCCACCUAGCGGCUCUCACGGGAGCUCGAGGACGACGACGGAAGAAGAGUGUGACUCAGUCACGGCCACGGAGGACACGACGAGAGAGAAGACAAGUGGUUCUGAGAAGACUAAAGCUUAUAAAGGAGUUGCGAUGUCUCGCAUUUUCUCGAAGCUUUGGACUGGUAAAGACAGAGAUGGUGUCGGAGAUGUUAGUAGCUCAUCUACUUCCGAAAGUCCUGGCUCGGCCACCACCGUCGAUGAUAAAUCAACGCCGUCGACUCGCCGGAGAAGAUCAUCAUCUUGACUUUUAGUCUUUUCUUUUUUGCUUCUUAAUUAGGCUUUUUAUUAAGCUAACUUGUUUUAGAUCAACUGGGCCUGUUAGAAAAUUAUAGCCCAUUAAUAAUAUAAGCCCAUCUAUUUUAGGA